CUAGACUCUAGAAAGCUCCUCCAGCUGUUGGACUGAACUGAAGAUUUUAAGUGCCAAGGUGACAGCAAUGAAUAGUGGGAAGGCAAAUGCCCUGGUGCAUUUAUACAAGCAGCUGAAAACUAUCUGGAGUCCACCAGCACGACUCUGCAGCCUGGCCACCUACACUCAUAAGAACAGGAAUGGUGCAUUGCAUCCCCUUUGGCAGAGUCCGCUUACAAUUCCUGGGGGCACCCGACAGUCUCCUAUCAACAUCCAGUGGAGAGACAGUGUUUAUGAUCCCUUUCUGAAGCCACUGAAGAUCAGCUACGACCCAACAACAUGUCUUCACAUCUGGAACAAUGGAUAUUCAUUCCUAGUUGAGUUUGAUGAUUCUACUGAUAGAUCAAUAAUCGUUGGAGGCCCCUUGGAAAAUCAAUACAGGCUAAAGCAGUUCCACUUCCAUUGGGGAGCUAUAAACGAGUGGGGUUCAGAGCACACGGUUGACAGUAAAUUUUACCCAGCAGAGCUGCAUUUAGUCCACUGGAAUGCUGUUGUGUACCCAACUUUUGAAGAAGCUGUAAUGGAAGGUAACGGCUUGGCUGUCAUUGGAGUGUUUUUAAAGCUAGGAGCUCAUCACGAAGGGCUGCAGACACUGGUUGAUGCCUUGCCAGCAAUUAAACACAAAGACACUGUUAUUGAGUUUGAUGUCUUUGAUCCCUCCUGCCUGAUACCUUCAUGCCCUGACUAUUGGACCUACGCCGGCUCCUUGACUACUCCCCCACUUACCGAGUCAGUCACGUGGAUUAUUAAGAAGAAGCCAAUAGAAGUUGAUGAGAAUCAGCUGGAGGCAUUUCGGAUGCUGCUCUUUACUUCGGAUGGCGAAGAAGAGAAGAGAAUGGUAGACAACUUCCGCCCACUUCAGCCACUGAUGAACCGGACCGUCCGUUCAUCCUUCCAAAGCAGCCAUCUCUUGAAUACUCAAGUACAGCCCAAGGACCAUGCAGAGCAGAUCAGGCCAUAGAUGGCCCACAGCACGUCAGUCCAGGCUGCAAUACCUGGAUAUGACUGACCUCCUUCUCCAGUUGUUUUCCCUUUUUCUCUAGUGUGGAUACACCGUCCAGGUUCACGGCCAGAGACAGCUUUGGUUCUGCUAAGGGCCAUUUGAUCUUCAGUGGAGAAGCUGUGUGGGGUUCUCUUUUGUUUUGCCUUUUAAAAGAAAUGUAUUAGUUUUGAAGCAGGGAUCAACAGGGAAUCAUUUUGUCAGUUAAAAGAGAAAAAUGAGGGCAGGAGACCUCUUCCCUACCCCUCUUCUGAGUUGUUCCCUGUCUCUUCAAAUACUCUUUCAGUGACUUGCAUGAAUUAAUAAUCCCAACGAAAAACAUGUUAGCAAGCAGAAAGUGUGCAGAAAUGAAAAGUACCAGUACUGAUCAGGUGCUUUUGUGGGAUUGUUUCAGAGACUGGGAAAGAGAAUUAACUUCUCUGGUCACAUUCACGGAGGUGUUUUAUCUUCUUCCUUUUUCCUUGGUGCUUAGGAUGACAAGAGGAGAAGUGGGGGGGGGGGGGGGGGGGAAGGCUUAGAGAAUCUAAUCUCUUUCUGUUCUAUUGAGUGCAUGAUCUGUGUUUGAUCUGGAUGCCACAGAAUGACUGCUUUACACCACAAGCCAGAAGACUUUUUCUAAAACCUUAUAACAAAAGCAAAAGCUUUGAACUCUGGCAGCUUUUUCCGUUCUGUUUUACUAACGUAGCAGAGAGCAGAGGAGGAUUCACCAGUAUCUCAAGAUUGGCAAGAGCAGGAAAUUAGUCAAAGAUAUUCAAUUGAUCCCAGUAAAUGGAUCACAUCGAAGAAAGGCAAAAUUAGGUAAGACCCAGCUGGCUCUUAGAAUGGGAUUUGGGGAAAAAAGCAGAAACAAACCAACAGAACUUCUGAACCCUAAUCCAGUGUCAGGACAAAAUGCAGCUUUCAGGUACCUGAAGGAUUUUUUUCAGUACCUAACAGAGGACCAGUGUACUCUUGUCAAAGUUGUGUCUUAAAAUGUAGUUUUCUUAUAUAAAAAAACCCCAAACUUACCUAGCUUCAAGACAACUAGGGACCAGAUAAUAUUUGUAGCACCUUAUGGUAGUGAAGUUAAGUGGUGGCUGAAGUUUAUUUGUGGACUAGGCAAAAUUGUGUAAGCUGCCAGCUGUGGAGCCUUAUCUUAGAGUUACAGUGCAAAUGCCACAAGUAUUAUCUACCUCUGAAGCAUACUACUGGUAGCCAAAAUUUCCUCUCAAGCACCUUUCUUUCUGGCUUUUUACACUUCACUAUAUUUAACAGUGUGCCUGUGCAUGAAAUUCUUGUACCAAGUGUAUGGUCAGGUUUUCUGAUAAGGAGCAAGUCUGUCUGAACUCAUGACCUGAUCUAUUGAUUGUAUCUGAGGAGUGUUCUUGGAGAGCAGAUGUUACCUGGUCUGCUUCUGCCAGUCAGCAGAGGCAGUGGUUUCAGGUGGGGUUGAGCACAAGUAGAUGCCAGGACACUUGCUUAUCAAUGCUAAAUUUGGAACUUUAGAAUCAAUACUUUUAGUUUUCUUUAAGUCCAAGUUAAAAGCACUUUAACACUUUUUAGUAGGACCCUGAUGAUUUUAAGGCUUUUGAAUAUGCUUGUUUAACCAAUUAAGUGCCCAGGUCCUGCUUUGCUUCCUUACUAGCUCUACCUCAGGCUGUUGUGACGUUGCAACAGUUGUGCCUUUCUCUUUUGGCAAUUUAAACAUGUCCAUUAACUCUAUGUGGUAAAGGUAACAAAAUCUCUCUUCUACCCCAGUGUAGGAUACUUAUUUUUGCUAUGUGGUAUAUUCAACAUGGCAGUAUAUAUCUUCAGUUUCAUUACCCCUCCCAAGCCUUUACUGCUUUGUUGAACCUUAUGAACUCUGAACACCACCUAUAUGAACUUGGUUGAACUGAACCCACACUCUUUGACAUCACCAGAUAGACUUUUUAUUACGUUCCUGGUCUGCAGAAUUACAUCAGUGAUGGUUUUGUCAGAGGCUGACAGGUUCCAAAAUAAUUUUGGAAAGAGUAUUACAGUUCUGGCAAUAGAAAAAGAUUUCUUUUACUUUCUGCCUUGAACUUACACAAUCUAGUCAUUGUUAAGCCUGAGGUUCUCAUUCAGUGCUGAUCCUGCAAACAGUUUUCUGAGGAGGACCCCAUAGACAGAGGGCAGUGAUUCAGAACUGGCAUGUAUCUUUGAGAUUUGUUUGCUCCUCAUUGCUAGCAGUUAGGAAAAACUGUGCUAUAAUGACAUCUGAGUGUUGCCUUCAAAUUUAAAACUACAGGUGACUCAGCAGCACUGAGCUACCUACAGGUAAAUAGCCCUGUCAUGGAUUAAUGGGUCUUUUAGAAAGCUUCCUGCAACUGCUCCAAGUUUUUUGGUUGCCUUGGUAGUUUUCACUAAGCUUUUGUGCACCUCUGAUCCACUGAGCUUGUUUUACCAGUUAUUGCAGCUUUCAUAACAUAUGCAAAUACAGAAUAGGUAUUUUGUUCUUAGGCAACUACUGGGUUGUGCUUGUUCUCCAGAUGCAUCAUAGUGCUGCAGCAUGCUCACACCCAAUGGAGUUCUCAGUGGUUUUCUCAGCUGAAGCGAGUUUUCUUCCCAGGUGUGGAAACCUCUUUUUAACCUGAUCACCGCCACACAUCCAGCAGAGAUGAUGCUGAAUACUCUGGUUUCAGUCAUCUGUUUAAAAUUCUCAUAGAGGUUUGCUUUCAAUGUCAGCACUGAUUGUUUCAAGCAUCUGGAAACAGGGUCAACUUAGAAAUGUAUCAGUUACUGUGCUGCAAAGAUAAGCUUUACAGGGAUUUUCUGCUACAGUUAUUUUGCUGGAGUUUGAGUCUUGCAUGUUAUGUGUUAGUGUUUUAGCAUCUCUGGUUAAGGCAGGCAGUGCUGCAGGGCACAUUGUCAUCGUAAUUAACAAUCUGGAAAGGAACAGAAAGGUUUUGAGGGGUUUGUUUGGCUUUCCUUAAUCUUUCAUGUUACAAUGACUGUAUUGGCCUUGCAAAAACUGACUUCAAGAGGAAGAAUUCUGUAUCCUCGUCCGUGUAUGUAAAACAGGAGAUGGGAUGUAAUCCUUUUGCCUUAUUCUCUCAGUUGUGUAUGUGUGGGGACUAGAGCUAAUAUUUGUAAUGAUUUUGCACAACUGAAAGUCUAUUUCAGGUGCAUCUGUACAGGAACCUUUGGGUUCUUGUCUUAGCUGGUACAAUACAAAAGGGUCAAAGCACAAGCUUGUAUUUGUCCUUGCAUAGAAGUCGCUUCUGUUACUUAAUACUCUUCUGGGAAGUGUUCCUGUGGCAGUCAGUGCUAGGAAUCAAAGACUGGAAUAAGAGAGUUUUGAGGACAGCUUACUAUAAAAGGCAUAAAAGGUACUUGAGCACAGAUAGGCAUCCAUAGUGUUUGGAGUAUAUAGACCUGCACCCAACUACCUUUAAGUAUUUCUGUUAAUACUGCUCUUAUCAGGAGUCUCAUUGUUGGUGAUUUCACAGCUGCAACAACUUCAGUGUUUGAAUAUUUGAUCCAUAUUCCUACAUUCCAGACCUUUCACACCUCUGUUGAGGUGUGCCACCACAGAUACCUGACCAAUCUUCUGUCAGCAGUGGCUUGCCUUGGUGUUUUUACCACAAGCCUGACAGGAAUGUAUCUUGGCUUUGAAAGCUAUUGAAAUGGAGCUUGCAUUGAUCUCACAAAAAUCUGCUGGGUUUCAGGGUACUGGAAUCCUACACGGUUUCUUUUGGAGGAAAGGUCUGUUUUUCUGCUCAACUUGAUAGUCAAUAGUAUUUACUUUAAAAUUUUGAGUGUCUUUAACUGGUAUUGCAUAACACAUCUUUGGUUUUUUCUCUGUGCAUCUUGUUUUUGUGUCAGUUAUUACACUGUGUGUUUGAAUGGAUGUUACCUGCCUAAUCAUAAUGAACUGAAAUCAUUGUCUUGUGGAAAACAUGUGUAACAGGGAGUGCCUCUUGUUCUACAAUACAGGCCUUUUUCCUCAGUUUUAAGCUGAUAUAAAUAAACUAUAUUGCUGAAUUUUAGACUGUUACAUUAGUGUGUGACUGUGCAAUAAACAUAGAGAAACCUCUGCCUGUAUCUCUUUGUGCAGUUAAGCUCUCCAAGUUAAAAAGUAGCUUUUCUGUCAAGAAAAUAAUGUCAUUCCUUCCUCGAGAAUGAACCAGUUCAUUAUGCCUGGAGUCUAAUCAGAUGUCAGACCUUCUGUGAUACUUAAAAGCCAUGAAAGACUCUGCUGAACUGGGUUAUGAUUGGAAUGAAAGAACAAUGACCUCUCUGUUGCUGCUGUAGUGAUGGAAGGAUGUCUAUUUUACAUUCAGCUAGAUACAACAUGCUGUCUAAAAUGGAGUUCCAAAUGUUGAGGAUCUUUGCUAAACUACUUUAUCUGACACUUAUCAUUAAACUCAACCU